UAGGGGCAUGUUAUCUUCUGUGGAAGAUAAAGGUGUGUGAACUAGGAGGGAAUGAAGAGGGAAUCCGGAAGCCUGUGAUUUUGUACGAUGUGAGUUAUAGGUUUUUCCCAACUUGGAGAAUGUAUAUUGAGUGGCAGCGGUCCCACUGAGCUCAUUAAGACAUGUGGCUGUAGGUGAGAUAAGACUUUGGGAGAAGUCUAAAGGGCAAGAGGAAACAUCGAAGUGGCAGAAUCUAGGAUUGUAAACGUUCUGUGAGCCAUGAUGUCUGUAAAGUGCUGGAAUGUCACAAAGAUGGCACCGUCACCCAGACUUAUUCCUGAGUGGAAGGACUUGAAACUCUUCAUAAAUAAUAUGCUGAAGGAUCUAAAGUCUGCUGAGAAACCAAAGAAUGAGGUGAUUGUACUGAGUGACUGGCCGGAGACUCUGUACCAGGAGCCUCACCAUCCCCAGACUAAGCCUUUCAUCUGCUUCUACUCCAUCAACAUCAACUAUUUCGUCUCCUUAAACUGGGUGGAACCAGAUUCAAACCAAAUACAGGCAGUACUUUGGAUACAAAAGAAAGAUACAGAAGCAGAAGGAACAAUGGAGAAGAUGAUGUUUUGUGUGAUGGAUCAAGUACCGCCCAUUGAAGCAAUGGUCCACACAGGUUCCUACCACAUGUUAGUUGCUUACUGUGGUGACAUGCACCUGUGGCUCUUUGGAGAUCACCAUCGAGCAUUCAUAUCCCUGGGCACAGUGCCCUGUCGUUUCUUCAUCAGCUGCCUCUGCUAUGACCCAGAAACGGAGGUGCUGCUGUCUGGUACCUUGGGGGCUGUGGUUACCUGGCUUAUCUUACCAAAUGGCAGGGACCUCCAGAUGGCACAAACAAUGCCCAUGUCUGGUCAUGAGCUUGUACAGGGCUUUUCCCUGAAUGGCCCCAAGGGGUCUCUCCUGGCCCUUUGUGAGAAUAAGGUAAGGGUCUUCACCCACCAGGGUCAGGGCCAGCUGAAAGAGGUAAGAAAGUUCACUCCCAUAGGCAGUGGCUCUUCCAUCACCUGCUCCUUCACUUGUGUCUCUCAGGGAUAUUUCUAUGCUGGAAACAAGGAUGGAGAGAUCCAUGCUUGGGGUCUAGACCAGGGUAACUUCCUCCACAGCUUCCAGGCCCAUUCCUCAUCAGUUAUAUGUGUUCACAGCCGGCCAGAGAUCCACACCUUACUGACAGCAGGCCGAGAAGGCACAGUAAGGGAAUGGAACCUUGCCGUUGGGAACUUGCUGCGGCAGCUGGAUAUUGGUGAGGGUCUGCGGCAACUGCAAUUUAUUGAUAACACCACUUUUUUCUGCCAGACUACCCACGCUUUCUCACUGCACCACCUGCCUUAUUUUUAUAGCCUCUUCAAUGUCUGUGGUUCUGCUCCUGAGCAGGUGCACCGGGUCUGCUGUGGCCGAAAUUGGACUCGGAUCCUGUGUGCCACUAAGGAUGGUUUGUUGCGCUUCCUGUCUCCAGUGACAGGAGAUCUCCUGGUUCUCACCUGGCCUCUGCUUGUCAUGGAUAAGGCUGUGGCUUGGGCCUAUGACCCAGACAAUGAGGAGCUCUUUGUGGCAACAGGCAGCUCAGAGGUGCUGGUGUUUGAUGCAACGCGCUCGCCUUGCACAGCCAAGUAUAUGGUAUGCACUUCAGUAAACUCUAGGGACAGAGUAAGUUGCCUGGCCUAUGCACAGUCCCGUUUGGGUAUGGGCCUAGUAGGACUGAUGUUCUGUGGGCAUGACAGUGGCAUUGUGAGAAUCCUCUCCCACUAUAGCUAUGCCCGAAUAGAAAAGACUGUUCAUUCUGGGGCAGUUUUGGCCCUGUCUACCCUGGAAGGUCCCCAGGAAAACUCCUUGCUCUGUUCCUAUGGCAUGGAUAAUACUGUAUACCUGACAGAAGCUUUGCUGUGGAAGAACAAGGUAAUCCUGCAGUCCAUAAGCAAAAUUCUCUGUAGUUGCCCCCUGCAACACGUGAUACUGCUGCCGGGUUCUGUGGGUGCCAUCACUGACAACCACUGCUGGCGUCUCUGGCACUAUCAAGAUUUUCUGCAAUCUGCAGAAUCAAAACAAAGCUCUAUGUUUGAAGAGACAAAAUGCCUGCACCGGUGUGCCAUCACUUCAUUUGAUGUCUGCUCCUCCCUGAAACUUUUUGUCACAGGGGGCAUUGAUGGCUCAGUCCGGAUCUGGGACUUCCAUGGUAGACUCAUAACUGAGUUGGAUUCAGCACUGCAUUUUGGUCCACUCUGCUUUGCCAAUAAUCGGGGUGACCUGCUUUUGACUUUCAACCAGAGUCUUUACCUGGUAUCAUGCUUAAAAUUGCUCCCUCCUGCUCGGCUGAUUCAUCUAGCUAUCCUAAAUAAUGCAGAUGAAAUACAAGAAGACCCUAAACUCUUUCUGCCUAGCUUCUUCUUUUCUUUUGAAAUAGUACUUGUACCCAAAUUUGUCUAUCUUGGACAAGGGCUGCAGGAAUUACAGGGGCUAGAGGCCCUUGUUAACAAACGGGUCAUUGCCUUUGACAAUACUGUGCCCCAUGUUGUAGAGGAAGAGAGACGUAUGCCUUCUCUGAUUCAAGUGGAACCCAAAUUACAUUUUUUGGAGGAUAAGGAUAUUGUUUUUUCUAUUCCUGACCCCAAGCAUAAUCAUCCCCCACAUGUGGUUCCUGCUCAACUACGGCUGGCUGGCUGGAAUGGGUUGAACCCCUAUCAUAAACUGCAUGGCUUCUUUGGUAAAGGGCGGCAAUGGCCCUUUGCUCCUGAUGGCUACAUCCCCAACUCAGUUAUCCGUGCCUGCCUUUGGCCUGACGGUACCCCAGUCUUCUUACGCCAUGACCUGUACCCAUCCUACCGAGAUACAGACUGGGACAUGACUGAACCCAUCAGACGCCAGACACUGUCACCUAUGCCUCUAUCAGAAGAGAACAUCUCAAUGAGGAGAGAGAGGGAUAAAUCCAAGUGGUGGAAACGAACAUUCUAUGAUGUUCUAACAAGCUUGAUAAACCGAAAUUGGGCAGGAAGAAAACUUGAUGAAGGAAUUCUAAAUAAUUUAAUUGAGGCAAUCCUCAGCCUCACAGUUUACUGUUCUAUAGACCAGUACGCGACAUAUAUUAGUGCCCUGGCACAAAUUUUUGCCACUUACCAAGUAUCUCCAAGGUUGUGCUCUGAGACUGCCUGUCGCCUGCUGGAAGAUACACUCCAUCCCAACCCAUGCAUCCGUGAGCUAGCCUGGGAGGGGCUAGAUAUGCUUGGCAUCAUGAGCCAUCUCUUUGCUGUUCCACUGAGUCUGGGAUUGAUGGACAGUGAUGAAAAUGUGCGGGCUAAGGCUUUGUACCUUAUGAUAAGAGUCACAGGCAUCCAAAGUAAGAGCAUGCUGGUAGGCCUGCUGAAGGAACAAGAAACCCUCCAAAAAAUGCAGCGGGAACUUAUUGGAGAAACCUCUCUGGACCAGCUGCUGGGGAUCCAAGCUAACGACAUGCAGUGCCUGUUUACACGGGUGGAACAGCAGCUAAAUGAAAACCUGACCUUGUCACACAGAGACCAACAACCUCCUUUUUCUUUAGACAUAUCAAUGGAUGGUGAACCUGAGACCUUUGUCAAACGAACAUUCAUACCUGAAGAGAUCACCAAACGAAAGAAAAGAAUGACGUAUGUUCAAGAAAAGAGAGAAAGUCUUAUUAAAAAGGACCUGAGAGUUUCCAGAAGGAAGAGAGAGACAGAGCUUGUAAAAUUUAGCCCUAUGUUGGUGCCUUCAGAGGAUGAAGGUGAACAGAGAGAGGCCAAGAAAUCAGAGCUAAUUGACACUGAGGAUGUUGCCUUAGAGCCAGAGCUGCCACUAAGUACUUUCAGCCCAGCCAAAUCUGAAGAGGUUGCUGAAUCAAAGGAGGUCAUGACAGAAGCUACAGAAGCUAUGGAAGCCACAGAAGAAGGAAGAGGCCACAUGGCAGUCACAGAGGCAGUGGAAGCCACACAGAUUAUGAGAGCCAUAGAUCAACAUGACAUGAAAGAUUAUGGAGAGAUAUUCCCUAAGCUGGAAAGACAAGAACUCAUGAAAAGACUCUGGGAAAGGGCAGUGGAAAAAAGCCAUGAAAAAGUAGCUGCGAAGUUGAAACAGAAAGAAAAUUUGAAGGAUAUUUCAAAGACGACUGCAGAAGAGCCCAAAGAAAAAGUCAUGCAGAUUGCUGAACAAGAAAAAGAUACAAGGAAGAAACUUGGAAAGGGUGACCAAGGUUUGGCUGGUGCCCCUGGACACACGGGUGAAUCAGACACCAGGUCUUGGCGGAAUGAUAUUUGCUAUCUUGCCACCUCAAGGAUAGCAAGUUCCCAUCCAGGAAUGUUAAGGGAUCUGGGUCAAGAAUUGGUGGACUUGGCUCGGGUGAUUCUUGCUCCCCAAGAGCCCAGUUGGGAUCUAUUCCAAAAGAUCUGCCCCCUUUUAAAGGACUCCUCAGAAUUGGAGGAAAGAGUGGUAGAAGAACCAUCCACUAUAACAGAAAAGGUGGAUAAAGAGAUUGUCGAGGAAGAAAUUACAGAGUUGGGAAGACAAAGGGGAAAAGAAGCAUUAGAGAAGGACAAAGCAUUUUCUCAAGUCAAGAAAAAGAAAGUUGCUUUCUUAGAUAAACUAGCCUUACAGAAAAGGAAAUUAAAAAAAGAAGCACGGGGACUGGCCAGGCAAGAUGGGAAAAUAGCUGAGGAAGAAAGGAAACUGAGUAAGCCAGAGAAGAAAUUAAUUCAGGGUAAGGAGAAACUGAUCCAGGAUAUGAAGAAACUGACUCAUCAGAAAGAAAAAAUAGCUUGGGAGGAAAAACUACUGGCUUAUCCACAAAAGACAUUAACCAAGGAAGAGCAGAAGUUAGUUUUAGGAGAAAAGAAAGAUACUGGAAAAGGGAAAAAACGACUAGGGGAAAGAAAGAGAGUGACCCAGAAAGAGGGGAGGGCAGCCCUGAAAAGGAGUAAGUGGGACUGGGAGAAGAUUAUGAUGGCCCAUGAAGAAGACAUGUGGCCCCAGGAAGAGGUGUUGCCUGUCUGGGGGGAGAGGAAAUUGUCCCAGGAAGAGGAAGAGCUGGGUGAGGAAGACGAGGAGCUGAGUGAGGAAGAGGAGGAGCCCUGUGAGGAAGAGAAGGAGUUCAGUGAGGAAGAGCCAAGUGAGGAAGAAGAGGAACUAAUUCUGGACUUAAAGAAACAAGUUAAAGGUAGGAAGAAAAAGUCCCACAAAAAGAAGAAACACAUUCAAGGUAUAGAGAAACAUGUUGAAGAAGAGGCCCAGAAAAGGGGGGAAUUAGCCCAGGAAGAGGAACAUUUGUCUAGUGAAAAGGAGGGACUGUCUGGGGAAGAAGAAAAACAGGCAUCAGAAAGGGGCAGCUUGGCAGAUCAAGAAAUUAAAUUGACCACAGAGAAGAAUAAAUGGUUAAAAAAGAAAAAAGAAGCCUAUAAAAAGAAACAAAUCCAAGAAAAUGAAAAACAAGUUGGGAAAGAGGAAAAAUUGGCUCAAAAAGUGGAGAAACAUGCUGAGGAUAAAAAACAAUGGGCCAGAGAAAAGAUGAAACUGGUCCCAGGAGAAGAGAAAAAGAUAGAAGAAAUUGAGAAAGUGUUCCCUCAAAAAGAGAAACGGGCCAUGGUGGGGGAAAAACAAGCUAAGAAAGAGGAGAAAUGGGUUGGGAAAGACAGGAAAGCCACUGACAAAAAAGAACAACAGACCCACAAAAAAGAGCAACUAGCCCUACAAGAGCAGAUACAGGCCCAAGAAGAGAGAAUAUGGGGUCAGAAAGAGGAGAACGAGAGCGAUAAAAAAAAACAACGGGCUUGGGUAAAAGAGAAAAUUUUUGUAGAAAGGGAGGAACACGCUGGUGAAGUGGAGAAAAAGUCCCAGAAAAAUGAGGAAAAAGCAUUGAAGAAAAGACUGACCCAGAAAGACAGUGAAUUGGCCAAGGAGAAGAGGCAUAUUGCUAAGAGAAAAAAAGCAGUAGCCAGAAAGGGGAUUGGCAUAACUAAGAGAAAGAAAAAAACUGAGGAAGAGAAAGAAGUUGUGGAAGAAGAGGAAUUGUCCCAGGAAGAGAGGGAAUUGGCCUAUGACAUUAGGAUCAAGGAGAUGGGUGUUGCCAAGAAAAAAAGGAAAAGAACCAAAGAGGAGAGAAUACAGGCAGUGAGGAAACUGGAUAUGGAGAAAGGGAUUCGUUCUGAAGACAAAGAGGCUAGUUCCAGUUUAAAAGAUAUAAGGAAGAAAGAGAGUAACCUGUUCAGGAUCCUGGCUAAAACAAUUAGAAAAAUGAGUAUAGUGCUACCAGAAGAAACAGAAAUAUGUGAGGAAGAGAGAUCAUUCAUGACAGGGACGAGUGAAAUGGAUGGCCAGAAGUGGGAAUUUUUUAAGGAACAGGGGGAAAUAAUGAAAGAAGAGAAGGAGCUGGGUCAGGAAGAGGGAAAAGUAGAAGAUGAUAGGCUGGCCACCAAAGAGAGAACACUGACUGAUGGAGAGAGCUUGAAGGAGAACCGAAAGUUACUACAGAAGGUCCAGGGAAAGAUAUUAUUAGAUAGAGUCCAGGAGGAGAGCCUGAGUGAGGAGGAGGAGGAGAGCCUGAGUGAGGAGGAGGAGGAGAGCCUGAGUGAGGAGGAGGAGGAGAGCUUGAGUGAGGAGGAGGAGAGCUUGAAUGAGGAGGAAGAGGAGAGCCUGAGCAAGGAGGAAGAGGAGAGCCUGAGCCAGGAGGAAGAGGAGAGCCUGAGCCAGGAGGAGGAAGAGAGCCUGAGCCAGGAGGAGGAGGAGAGCCUGAGCCAGGAGGAAAUGGAGAAGAUAGAGAAAAGGGAGAAGGAGGAGGAAAGACAGAAGGAUGGGGAGAGCAGACUUAUGGAGGUGAUACUCCCAGAAGAGGGAGUAUUGAAAACAGAGCUCUCCAAGGAGGAAGUGAGCUUAUCAAAGCUAACAAUAGAAGAUGAGUCUCUUGCUGAGAAAAGAAAAGGUACAACUAUAAGGAAAAUGCCUUUUAAGAAAGAAAGAUUGCUUGAUGGAAAGAGAGAUCCCACACUUAGGGAUAAAGUCAUGUGGCCAACAGUUCUGAAAAGCCCCUUCAAAAUGCCACUCCCAGUAGCUCUGGAAAAACAGAGAAUGCCUAGGAAAGUGUUAGGGGAUCAUUUAGAUUUGAAAGGUCAGGAAAGUCAACUUCUUGGAGCACACCCUGAGACAAGUUCUUGGAGAAGACAAGAGGAUGUGCUCUUGAAGAAAGCUAGGGGUAUGUUUUUACAAGGGAGGGGAACAGGCUUACAGGCCCAGAUCCCAGAAGGGCUCCAUAGGCCAGAGUCCCAUUUAUCUGAUAUGAUCAGGAAACCACAGAAACCUGAACAUAGACCCAAAGGUGACAUGUGGAAGUGGUUCUUGAAGUCCUGGGAUUUGCCAAUGGGGAAAACUGAGGGCCAGGUCGUAGGCCCAGCCCUAGCCUCAGCCCCAUCCCUUACUUCUGCACCAGCUGAAAGGCCAUGCUACUCAGAAGCAAGCUUCUCAGAUGAGGACUGGAUUAACAAUGCCUUAAUAAGGCUGGAAGCGGGAGAGCAGCUUUCCAGGAACAGUUUCCAAAGACUGCACCAGCUCCUCAGAAACUUCACUUCAAAGGGAUACUUGAAAUGGAUGCAUCUAUACAAUCUUAAAGCCAUUGCUAAACACUUCAGGAAGAACCUAGAAGUAAGUCAUGCAGACAUAUCACAACCCUAUAAGGAUGUUUUGAGUCCAGUGCACUUAAAAGGGAUCCCUCCAAUUAGAAGAAAAGAAAAAUGGAGCCGGCUAGAGCCAUUCCCUGAUGUUGAAGCAGUGUUACCAUUGGCUGCCACAAGGCCUCAAACCCCACACCGUCUCAGUUGGCCUCUCUUAGAUGAGUCCUACAGGAAGAAGCAGGCACAACAGUUAUCUUCUGCUGUUAAGCAGAUGUUGAACCUUUAUCCAGUCAGAAAGGAUGUUCCUACAACUGUCUAUCCCUCUGUGGAUAUAAAAUCCCUGGACUUGAUAUUCCAGAAAGUCUUGAGGGAGAAAGGAGAGCUCUCCAAAUUUCACAAGGCAGAGAAGGAAGCACUGCCCAUCCCUUCACCAGUAUUCCCAUCAACCACCAAGAGGAUUCCAGUCCCAAAGGCUAUAAACUGGCAUCUUUUAGGAGAACCUUACAGGAGUGCUCGGGUACAGCAGUUAUCCAAUGCCCUCAAAGAGAUGGAAAUGCAACACUUUUAUCCUAUCGCGCACGAGAUUUUCACAGGUGCCCAUGACUCUGUGGACAAACAAACUCUAGCAUUGAUGUUUCAGAAGGAUCUCAGAGCUUUUAAGGGAAAAGACAGGCCCCUCACAUUGCCCAAGUUGAAGAAGGCACAGCCCGUCUCUAAGAAAAAGGAAAAGCUGCCUCAAUGGGAGACAUUUGUGGCACUCUACUAUGUUUUGCGGACAUUGCAGCAACGAUAUGCAAAAGACCGCACUGCUUGGAUGGAACAGUUUUACCAACUCAUGGAUCUGUACCAAUUUAAGUCCCCCCAAAUCCAGACGCUCCUACUACAGUUGCUGCAGAGAGAGGCACUCCAACCUCAAGAGACCAUCUAUAAAAAGGCCCUGAAAGCCAAGGAGCUGGUACUUGGUGAACGGUUGUUCUGUGGCCUGUUUUGUGGUCAUUCUUGUGCCCCUGCAGGUCCUCUCAAGUUCCAUGAUGUUGUACCUCUGCCUGGGAAGAGCAAGGUGCAUACUAUCCAACCUGUGGGCAUUGCCCAGUAUGGGUUCCUAGAACUUGCCUGGAAAAGCCUACCACAAGUCAGUCCUUACCUUAUUGAGAGGCUGCCCAACAUCUCUACUCCAACUCUAUGAUUUGGCCUAACAUUAGGACUUUGGGACCUUGCUGGGAAAUAAGCCUGGCCAUAGAUUUUAAGCCUCCUGUACCCACUUCAAGGUGGGCCUAAACAAGUAUUUGUAUUCAUUUGGCUCCAGAAACCUGCUACCUUGUA